GGGAUUUUACUUCCUCUGGACUGUAUUGUGUUUUACCUGGUUCCUGGGAUUCACACAGGGAAAUUCUGAAGAUGUGGACGUUCUUCAAAGACUGGGCCUGUCUGGGAAAAGGCCAUCGAGCGGAUGGUCCUCCUCACGUACAGUUCCUCAAGGAGUCAUUCCUUUCAAAUCAGGGGUCAUCUUCACUCAGCGAGCACGUGUCGAAGCACCGGUCGGCACCAUCCUCCCCGCGGGCUCCAGCACUGACCUGCUCCUGGUGCUGAGCCUCUGCUCCCACCGCAUCAACAACGCUUUUCUCUUUGCUGUCAAGAGCAAAAAGAAAAAACUGCAGCUGGGGGUCCAGUUUGUGCCCGGGAAGAUCAUAGUGUAUGUGGGCCACAAGCGCUCUGUAUAUUUUGAUUACAAUGUCCACGAUGGCCAGUGGCACAAUAUGGCCAUCGAUCUCCGUGGCCAGACAGUCACUUUAUUUACUUCUUGUGGGAAGCACAGAGUACAUGCGGAUUUGCAUUUUAAAAAGGACGAGGCAUUGGAUCCAUACGGAUCUUUCCUCUUUGGGAAGAUAAACCAGCACUCCGUGCAGUUUGAAGGAGCCAUCUGCCAGUUCGAUAUUUAUCCUUCCGCCAAGGCAGCUCAUCAUUACUGUAAAUACCUGAAAAAACAGUGCAGGCAGGCAGAUACCUACCGGCCGAACCUGCCUCCCCUCCUCCCCAUCCUGCCCAGAGAUCCCAGCGCAUCCCCCAGCACCCCGCAGCAGACGGACCGCUCGUCACAGGGUCUGAAAAACCUGACCACCGUCACCCCGUCCUCGGCGUUGGGCAGGGUCACCACACCCCUCAGGACUCGGGGUUCAGGUACAACCACCAUCACGCUGGUGUCAUCCCCACCAUCGCUGCCGAGACUGACCACCAAGGCCACAAAAGUCACAGUGGCCCCACCUCCAGCUCCAUCGAGUACUGAAACACAGCCGCCCACCCGUCCGCUGCCGCGGGGGACGGUGACGACCCUCAGGGUGUCUCGGCCCACUCCCGGCACACGCACGGAGAAAACUCCCCCUCCCACUGCCAGAAAGGCCCCACCCACAAGCCAGAGCCCUGCCACAGCCAGAAGGAAGGAGUCCAAGCAAGAGACCAAAACAAAGAUCAACCAAAACCCCACCGUUGUGCCUUCUGCAGCACCCAGGACUGUAAAGCCAGCGCGGAGGAUGAGUGAUAACACAACCAGCAGCGUCCACUUUGUCACCCUGAAGGAAACCCCCCCGAACCCAAACAAUGGGCUCGUUCCAAAGAAGCAGGUGCCGUCCCCCCCCAGGAAAGCGGAUCCUAGCAACGUCCCUCUGGUGUACACCAAACCACCCCUGGGGCCUGCCCGGCCCGGCCUCAGAGCUGGGGCACAGGCCUUCAACCUCACAACCCCCGCUGCCACCGACGGCUAUCAGAUCUUUGACCCCCUCGGACCCACUCCGUUUCCAUUUUUACUGGGAUAUCCAGGAGUGAAAGGAGAGAGAGGACCUCAGGGUCCACCAGGUCUGCCGGGCUUACCAGGACCACCUGGCAAGAGAGGCUCCCGAGGUCCCCCAGGUCCCCAUGGAAACCCUGGCUUACCUGGCCCCCCAGGCCUGAAAGGUCAGAAGGGUGAUCCUGGGCUGUCUCCUGGGAAAGCUCGCAAUGGACAGAAGGGAGACGUGGGCUUGCCUGGUUUGACUGGGUUCCCUGGACCACCUGGUAGGAAGGGAUACAAAGGCUACCCUGGACCACCAGGUCACCCUGGAGACCAGGGCGAACGAGGACCAGAUGGAAGCCCAGGUGCCAAAGGUUAUCCUGGCAGGCAGGGUUUACCUGGCCCCAUAGGGGAAGCUGGUCCAAAAGGCAGCCGGGGUUAUAUUGGUCUCCCAGGAUUAUUUGGGCUACCAGGGGCUGAUGGAGAACGAGGGAUCCCUGGAGUUCCUGGGAAGAGGGGCAAGAUGGGUAGGCCGGUAAAGUUUUUCCUCAUCUAUUAUGCUGACCUUGUUGAAUGAAACUGGAAACAAAAC